GCUUCUUGUCCAUUUCCAUUUUGUUGCGAACUUAUAGUAGAAAUAAAGUGCCGUGGUGCUGUAAAAGUUUGUUUGAAAAUCAUGAAGAAGCAUUGUAACAAUAUUCCAACGUGGAGAAAAUAAUUGAAAAUUUUAAUUGUGGUCUAACAAUUCGAAAGAUCAAUUUAGAAAGCAACGCUGCAGAAUCAUGUCGGAUUAUGCGAAAUUGUGCACGCCACUUCCCAAAAGUAAGACCAGUCAUAUCAAGAUCUGUGAAAACACUCAGCAAUAUGUCAUUGACUUUUUGCAAAACUUGUUGCCACCGUCCGACCGAAAAUCUAUUUCAGAUGAAUUGCGAAAGACCUUUAUAUUUAACAAAAUUAAACCAAAGCACAAAGAGAAAGUGAAGAAAGGCAAAUGCUUCUCUGCCAGGAAAAGGCUGCGUUUUGGUUUAGGUAGGAUCGGUAAUAGAAAUCAAAUGAAGUACUCCGAUGUUUUGCCUUUAAAUCAAUUAUGGCUACAGUAUAUGAGAGAGAUGCUCGGUCUCGAGUCGUUUGCCGAUAUAUCGGAAAAUCCUCGAAAUUGGGAGAAUGUAAACCUGCAAUUGAUAAAAGCUGAUUUUCAUGGUGCUAAAAUCUCGAUCGAUAGAUCCAAAUGCCCCAGUCUGGUAGGAGUUACGGGAAUCGUCAUACAAGACACAAAGAAUACUUUUAGGGUCUGUGGAAUGGACAAUAUUAUUCGAACGAUACCGAAAGAUGUAGUUAAGAUUAAUGUUCACUUAGAUGAUGGAGUAACACUAAAAGUAUUUGGAAGAGAGCUUUCUAUAAGGCCUGCAGAACGAGCAGUUAAGAAGUUUAAGAAUAGUUCAAUUGUAAUGCUGUGAUAAAUAUUUAAUAUAUUGAUAAUUUGAUAGUACCUUCUAUAAA